AUGGGAACUGUAAUGAAGUUAGUAAAUUUUUUGAAAAAACUACGUAAUGAACAAGUUACUAUUGAACUAAAAAAUGGUACAACUGUUUGGGGUACUUUACAGUCUGUUUCCCCACAAAUGAAUGCCACAUUAACUGAUGUGAAAUUAUCAUUACCGCACAACAAGAACUCAUCAAGAUCAAAAGUAGUGAAUCCAACUGCAUUGGCAAGUUUAUAUUUGAUAGAUAACCAAAGCAAUAAUGUAAAUGAUCUGAAUGGUGAUACUACUACAUCCUUGCAAUAUAUUAAUAUCCGUGGAAAUACUAUCAGACAGAUCAUUUUACCGGAUUCAUUAAAUUUGGAUUCACUUCUCGUGGAUGAGAGACAAUUGAAUAAAUUAAGAAAGAUUGGUAAAGUUAGUGAUGACCAAAACAGAAAAAGAAGGAGGGAUUUUGGUGACGAAGUAGGAAAAAGACCUAGAAGAAAUAUAUAA